CGUAUAGUGUCACUUUCAAAGGUUUCACUUUACUGGACCUUCAUAGAAACAACAUAUCUGUUAUCAGAGCUGAUGACACCUCUGUUUUGCGUCAGAUGGGUAGCAAUGUAACUUUGAUAUUGUCCAGAAACCCUAUAUCCUUCAUAGAAACAGGAGCAUUUGCAGGUCUUUAUUUUAAAGAGAUCAAUCUCUUUGACACCUUCAUCUCGUCCACAGUUGUUAGAGAUAUUACUGGAGGUCUCAGUGGUUUAAACGUGAUAAGAUUGAAAAUUGGAAAUUUCGAGGAAAGCACCUGGCAAGAAACAGUAGGCCUACUUCUAGAUUACAUUUGUGUCAUAUACUUUCAAGAGAUAUAUUUACAUCAAUCUAAUCCUUCUCACCUACCAAGUCAUAUUCUUCGUUGCAUGGCUAAUUGUUCAAAAAUCUAUCUGAGUCGAGUUGUAUUAGAAACUUGGGAACAUUUUCAUUUUCAAAACCUCAAAGAAAUUAUUGUGGUCAAUGGAAAAAUGUUCACCCUACCAGGACUCCAACUCUCUCACCAACACAGCUUAAGAAGACUAGUCAUCAAUAACAAUUAUCGCCUUUUAGUAUUUCAAAAAUUAGUUGAUUUACCCAGUCUUGAGUACCUUGAUCUAAGUAGGAAUGUACUGACCAUAGAUUGUUGUGAUUUAGAAUUUGUUGGUACUCCUAAUCUCCGGUAUCUAAACCUGAGUGUGAAUUCAGCAGUAACAAUUAGACUAUUUGGACUUUUAAAUCAUCCAACUCUUGAAGUAUUGGAUAUCCAUAACACAAAAGUAAUAUUUGAAAAUGACCACAGUGAUGCUAUGGAAAAUCUUAGGUAUUUGAAAUAUCUGGACCUAUCCUAUUCACAAAUUACAUUUAAUACCAAACUUUUUCAUGGCUUAAGCAGUCUGAAAGAAUUGAAAAUGGCUGGCAACAGCUUUGCAAAAGGCAUUUUUAGCCAAUUAUUUUUAAAUCUCACAACUUUGGAGGUCCUGGACCUUUCAAAUUGUGCCAUUGAAAACAUACCCUUACAUUCUUUUCAUGAUCUACAUCAUUUAAAACAUUUGAUUUUUAGUGGGAACAAAUUGAUCACAAUGGACUUUCUCACAGGUCCUAGUUUAUCGAAACUAAAGUCUUUGCAUGCAGAUAAUAACCACAUAGCUGGCAUCUCUCCAAGCGUUCUUCAGAAUAUCCCUGCGGAUCUUUCAGUAUUUGAUUUGUCCUUCAAUCCCAUAGAAUGUUCCUGUAUUCAGACUGAAUUUAUUUCCUGGAUUAUUAAUCAUCAGUCAGUUCUAAAAGAUCCUCAACUAAUGUCAUGCAAAUCCUCAUCCAUGAACUCCAGAGUGAUUAACUUUGACCCCACACAAUGUGUUCACAGAAACAGAGUGAUAAUAACUGUGUCCAUAUUAGCAGCUGUAACUGUACUCCUAUUGUCUGCAUUGUUGUAUAAGUACCAGUUCUAUAUACAUUACUGCUUCAUAUUGCUAAGAGGCUACAGAAUGUCUAGACAACAAGAAUGCUCUUAUGAUGCCUUUGUGAUCUACUCAAGCAAGGAUGAAACCUGGGUGUUGGAUGAGCUUGUGGAAAACCUUGAGAAAGGACAUCCUCCAAUUCAGCUUUGCCUGCAUGAGCGAGAUUUCCAAGCAGGAAAGUCGAUUACCUCCAAUAUAGUGGAUGAAGGCAUCAUGGGUAGCCGGAAAGUCAUUGUGGUGGUGUCUCAACAUUUCCUAAACAGCUCCUGGUGUCAGUUUGAGUUUGAACUGGCACAAUCCUGGCUUGUGUUGAGGCGAAAUGCCAGCAUCAUCAUCAUCAUUCUGGAAGAUGUGGAAGAUAAGAAAAUAAAGAGACUGUUUGGACUUCAUAAGUAUCUGAAAAAGAACACCUACCUCAAGUGGAAGGCGAAUGCACUAAGCAAUACGCGGUUCUGGGCACGUCUCAGAAAAGCCAUUAUUGCUAAGAACUGAAAUUUGUACUAACUUUGACUUACAAAUGCUUGAGUCAUAGUAAUCUUGCCAAACUAACUUACAUAGAUUAUACAGGUUGAUACUUGUUGAUCUAAGGGUGUGUUUGUUUGUUUUGAUCUCUUUUUGAUUUUCAUUGAUAACUCAUUCAAGAGACUUCCAUACAUCUAAAGCCACCUCUUAUCUAAAAUGAUGCAUGUUUUCACUGUUUUUGCCAUGAUUAUUUUUAAGACUGAAAAUGUUACCCUGAUGCCUUAUUUGUGAUGGGGAGAGGUUGGGGUAGGAUAGUAAAGACUCCUAGUAAAGAGUCCUUUUGAAAAAGUGCAUACAGU